AUGCAAUCGCUGGAUUUACAGGAAUUACAAUUCCAUGGCCUCGCAUGGGAGCAAGGUACCUUUGGUCUUGAGCCUAGAUGGACCCUUGAACCUGAAAUUGGGGCUAUAAAGCAGACAGUACAAUCGCUUCAGCCAUCAAGCACAGUCGAAGUGACUUUCCUCACCCAGGGUGGGUUCAACAAGAUCUAUAAUGUCAGCAUAGAUGAUGAGAUGUUCAUUAUGCGAGUCGCAUUGCCAGUCGAUCCACGUUAUAAACUCAUAAGCGAGGUAGCUACAAUGGAUUGGGUACGACGUAUCACAAACCUUCCAAUCCCGAGAGUUAUCACUUACCAGUCUUCUCGGGAAAAUCGGAUUGGCUUCGAGUGGAUGCUUAUGACAAAAAUGCCUGGAAAGCCUUUCGGUGAUAUUUGGCCAUCUCUUUCUUUCGCUGUGAAAUCACGCCUAGUUAGGGAGUUCGCCGUGAGCUCGGCUUGCAUUUUCCGAAAUCAACUACAGGGAAUCGGAAAUAUCGAUGAGGGACUCACGUCGACCAAGCAAAGUCUGCUACGUAGAGGGCUGGUCGAUACCGAGAUAUCAGCUCCGGGAAAAGGUUCUGGCUUAGACGAUUGUAGCACUCCCACGGGCGAGAAAGAGGGGGCUUCCCCAGACAUAGGCCGAAUUGUUUCUAUGCAGUUUUUCUGGGGUCCAUCUAUCCACCAAGAUAUCCACCGGGGCCCAUUUCGCUCGGGCAAGGACUGGAUAGCUGCUCGACUUACACUGAACGAGAAUAUCUGCCAUUCGACUCUGGAUAAAUAUUCAGCAGCAGACCUUGAUAGUGAUGCUGAAGAAGAGAUGGAAGACGCCACGACAACGCUCCAGAUAAUCCACGACCUUAGAACGAUUCUUCCUAUAGUCUUUCCAACAGAUGAAGAUGAUAAUUUGGAACCAUCAAUGAUAUUUCACCAAGAUCUCUCGCGACAUAAUAUUCUCGUUGAUAAAGACGGGGAGCUGACUGGCGUUCUAGACUGGGAGUGCGUUUCAGCACUACCUUUAUGGAAAGGCUGUACCUACCCUUCGUUUUUAGACCAACGACCACGAUACUCGGAGCCUGAUAUUGGAAACUAUGAUCGCGAAGCUAACGGAGAACUCGACGAGCUUUACUUUGCACACCUAUGGGAGUAUGAGGCCACUCUCUUACGUGAUAUCUUUCUUCAUGAGAUGCAAAACCUAGACGCAGAAUGGAUGGAAGUCUUUGAUAGAAGCCUAGUCAAGAGAGACCUUGACUUUGCGGUAUACCAUUGUGACAGUGGAAUCUACGCUGGAAAGAUCAACGCAUGGAUCGAAGAUAUCACCGCUGGCGUGAGAAAUCCGCGCAGUUUGCGCGAUAGGAUCUAUGCACCGCGUGGUCAGCAGACAGUUGUGGAACAAUAA